AAGAUAAAAGUGGACUUAUUACUGGCUGCUGCUUCUGCACUCUGCAAACCCUGCCAUCACAAUCUCUCUCUUUCUCUCUCCUAUCAAUUUCAAACUUGAAAAGUAAUUAAAUAUUCAGGCUACAUGGAUUCAACCAAAACACAGGAACAAAAAAGCAGUGUAGAGCAAUAGUGUUUUUGUGUAUUUGGAAUCUCUUUUCUCACCAGCUUGCUCCUAACCUUGUUGGCUCCUAUCCCUCUCACUCCCUUUACUCAACCUUUCUCUUCUCCUCUACCCAAAAUUUCUUCGAUCGGAAGGUUCUGUUUGGCUGUUACACAAAAAAAAAGAAAACUUUUUUUUUUUUUGAAAAAACUGGGCUGGCAGUUUCAUUUUCUCUGACCGGUCUACUUUGACAGUUGUUAGAGAGAGAAAGUUCAAACCUUUACAGAAGGGGAGCGCUCAUGGACUGGUUCUUGAUGCUGUUUAGCCUGUUGGUGGAAGAUGUGCUCUAAUCAACGCUAUUUUCUUUUGUGACAGAAAAUCAAAAAUCAAUCUUUUGUUCCAUAUAUCUGUGUAGGGACAGGAAAUUUGGGUGUUUUUGUUGUGAUGAAGAACAUGGUCUUUUCCCCACUAUUUUGCUGCCUAAAGGGUUCUGGGAAGGAUGAAUCGAAGAAACGGGCAACGUGGAGGGUGUUUUCCCUGAAGGAAUUGCAGUCUGCUACGAACAAUUUUAACUAUGACAACAAGCUUGGAGAAGGCGGAUUCGGUAGCGUUUAUUGGGGUCAGCUCUGGGAUGGUUCACAAAUUGCGGUGAAAAGGCUAAAGGUGUGGAGCAACAAAGCAGAGAUGGAAUUUGCUGUUGAGGUUGAAAUACUGGCCCGAGUAAGGCACAAGAAUCUGCUGAAUUUACGGGGCUAUUGUGCUGAAGGACAAGAGCGUCUAAUUGUAUAUGAUUAUAUGCCCAAUCUAAGCUUACUAUCUCAUCUUCACGGGCAGCAUUCAACUGAAAGCCUUCUUGAUUGGAAGCGGAGAAUGAGCAUUGCGAUUGGUUCUGCAGAGGGGAUCGCGUAUCUUCAUCACCAUGCAACCCCGCACAUUAUCCACAGAGACGUUAAAGCAAGCAAUGUGUUGCUAGAUUCUGAUUUCCGAGCUCAAGUUGCUGAUUUCGGAUUCGCAAAGUUCAUCCCCGAUGGCGCAACGCAUGUGACCACCAGAGUAAAGGGCACGCUCGGUUAUCUUGCCCCGGAAUACGCAAUGCUAGGGAAGGCAUCAGAAAGCUGCGAUGUUUUCAGCUUUGGCAUUCUUUUACUAGAGCUCGCUAGUGGCAAGAAACCGAUAGAGAAGGUGAGUGCAACGAUGAAGCGCACGAUCACGGACUGGGCCCUACCUUUGGCCUGCGAAAGAAAAUUCAGCGAACUUGCAGACCAAAGGUUGAAUGGAAACUACGUGGAAGAAGAGCUAAAAAGAGUGGUCUACGUGGCACUCGUUUGUGCUCAAAACCAAGCUGAGAAGAGACCAACAAUGCUCGAGGUGGUUGAGAUCCUGAAAGGCGAAUCGAAGGAGAAGUUUGCCGCUCUAGAGAACGAUGAACUGUUCAAAAAUCCUCAGGCUGCUGCUAAAGACGAGUUAUCUGGAGCAGAGGACAGUUCAGAGUUCAUCUCGGAGGAAAAAGAGGAAAAGGUACCACCAAAACAAGAAAUCGAGAGAGUUGAAAUCGGUUCCCCUCAAGUGAACUGAUUCCCGGGGAUCGUGCUUUCUGGUUUUCUUGCCCGUCCUCUCAUAGUCGAUGAGGUAUUGUUUGGAUAUCCACAGAAGGCUGCGAGUUUACAGCAGCCUGUGGGACUUCAUUGCUUGUUGAAUUGAAAGGAUGAUUUGAAUGUGUUGUGUGUGUGUGUGUGAAUAUUCUUGUUGUAUGCUAUUUUUAGUUCUUUUAAUCAAAACUUGAAAAAUGUACAAGCUGUGCUGUGCUGUCAUUGGAUCAUCAUAGACAAGAGGAUUAUUAUAUCUUUUUAGGGAAUUUGGGUUGAAAUUAAUGGUGAAAACACAUUUGGUAUCA